AUGGAUUCAUCUCUCGCUACAAUGCCAACCAAGCCCUUUCUCUACGCGAUGCCUGCCGAAAUCAUCGGUAUUAUAGCAAAUCAACUUGUGUCCACCGACACUCACGGUGCCUGGCGGCUGCGCGGCAUCAGCAAGGCAUUCAAGGUGGCAAUCGAGAACGACAUUACUCUGUACCAACCCAAGGAUGCUCUCAAACAAGGCAGAAAUAUCACUGACGAAUUGAUGCCCCGCUACCUAUUCUGCCGGAUUCACAAGCAUCUUGACGCACACGACGCGUUAUUGGCGCGACUCAAGCUAAAGAACGAAUAUCUUUGCCGCGAGCUCAACAUAACAGAUUCAUCGGAACAAAUGGACAACCUAAAUGCCCUAUGUCGUGGACAAGUCAAAAUCCUUGAUCUCCGCAAAGUGAAGGAUCUCCUUUGGGCCAACUAUUGCACUGUGCGAGAUCGUCUUCCCGUUCUCGAUGCUGCGGACAUAGGUCUGCAAGCUAAGGUUGCUGCAGCGAUGUCGGUGCGCGCACUUCCACUGUUGCGCAAGUUGCUACCGCAGGUGCACAACUACUGGUUUGACGACUCUGGAGAUCGCUUCGAUGGCGAGAGCCCACUUGUUGCUGCAGUGAGUCUCGAAGACGAUGAGAUGCUCCAAAUCCGCCUCAGUGAGGACUUAGUCUCAAAGACCCGAUACGGCGACCCAAUAGAGCUUUGGGCGGGCAUAGCAAUGGAUCUUGCAAUUGCUCAAGGCUCCGUGUCUAGAAUGACGCUUCUAUUUGAUGGCGUAGAUGCGGCAGGAUUCGAGAAAAUUCAAGCAUUCUACGACCAUUCACUGAAUGCUGCCAUUGCCUUUAAUGGGGUCAGCCUCGACGUUGUUCGAUGCCUUCUCGAUCGUUGCCCAUCCACCGAUUUGGUCAGCGACGAGCAGUUCUUGAGCGCGUGCAAGACCAAGAACGCCGAACUUAUCGCGCUUCUGGCCAAUUGA